AUGUCAAUACGUCCAUAUAGUUUUGAGCCCACUGUGAACGAUAUUGAUAUGGCUGAUAUUCAGCCGGGUAGAAAUGAACCAGAUAUACCAAAACAAUUAGAGGGUCGUUCAAAAAUUAAUGUGAACGAUUGGUGUUUAUGUAAUAAAUGUAUUUGGUUUACUACUGACCAAGAGUGUAUUUGUUGCUUUGAGUUAGAAAAAUUACAUAAAUUACUACCACAUAGUAACAAAAAAACAUGUAUAACGGAGAUAAGCUCAUUUUCAAAAAUUAUCUUAGAUGAAGAAGUUCUCAAUAUUACUCGACAACAAAUCAUUGUCAAAUCAAAAAAUAAAAGCAAAAAAAAAAAUGGUAUGUUCAUCACAACCAACAAAUAA